UUUUGACAACACUAUCCUUUGUUGUUCUCGUAUUUUGUGUAGGAAAUAUUUUGAAAAUUAAAAAGAAUGAUAAAUUUAUUUACCUGAUUAUUUGAUUCUUUUAAUUAGAACUUUAUUGUAUUAAAAAAUGUCUUCCAGAUAAAUUGAUAAAUAAAUUUUCUACAAUAAAUUUCUUCAAUUUAUUGAUUAAAUAAUUUUCAAAUAAACCAAUGAAAGGAACAAAAAAACGGAGAAAUGAAAAAUAUAUUGUUAUUCGCGAUAAUUCAAUUAGUGUUGGUUUUAGCUAGUAAUUCAUUACUAGUAACUGGACCUAUGUUACCACCAAUUAUUGAUGAAACAGCAACUUAUAAUCAUACAUAUAAAGAAUCUUUGAAUUCAACUAUUGAAUAUAUAUUUGUUUACAAAUCAAAUAAUGACACAUUGGAAGGAGCUCGCAUUACAGUUGAAAGUAAUGCAACGACUGAUUUUCCAUUAAUUGUAGUUGUUAAACAAAAAAGUGGAAUUUUGUCAUGGCAAAUUCCUCUUUUAGAUUAUAAAACAACUAGUCGUACUUUAUGUUCUUUAAAAACAAAUUCAACAAGUGAAGAAGAAUUUGUUACCGUUAGUCUUUCGACUUCAAGUCCGGAAAAUAUAACAUUUUCAUUGACAUUAGUUUCUGUGACAGAUUUUCGAAUUAAAGACAAAGAGCAAAGAAAUAAUAUAACAGUUUCACCGUCAGAACCAAUUUAUUAUUUUUAUUAUCCUGAUGAAGAAAGAAAAAAUAAGUCUGUCAUUGUUCAUAUAACAUCGGAAAGCGAGAUUUGCAUGACUUUUUCAAUUCAAAAUACAUCGUGUCCAGUAUUUGAUUUGGAGAGAAAUAUUCAAUUUUCCGGAUUCUGGCAGACUGUCAGUAAACAAGGUGGAAUUACUGUUCCCAAUGAAGACUAUCCACUUGGUUUUUUUAUAGUAUUAGUAGUGAAAGGUGAUGAUCAGGAUUGUACUGGCGUUCAAGGUAUAAUUACACCGAGGAAAAAAAUUAUUAACUUGACAAUAACGCCUAGUGUAUCAAAAUGGGAUUACUAUGUUGCGUCUUUUAUAGUCGCUGGUAUUGGUGCUGGCUUUUUUUUAAUUUAUUUUUUAGGGUCAAUUUUUUAUAAAAUUAGAGAAGGUCGAGCCAUACAAGAUGAACAAUCGCUAAAUGAUCAACAUGAAGAUUUACCUAAUCUUUAUCUUCCAAGUCCUUCCGCUGUAGACGAGAUAGAUCCUAAUCAAUGGAGCGUUCAAGAGGAUUCAUCGCUCGAUGAAGAUGAUAUUGAUUUAAUGGAAGAUGCUCUCUCCGAUAAGGAAGUAGUACGAACGAAACUUGUUCUUUCCGUUUGUGAUUUAGCACGAAAAGAACCAAAAAUUCUAAGACAUAAAUCACGUCUUUAUAUAUAUUAUCUUAUAACAAUUGCAACUUUUUACACAUUACCAGUUAUUCAAUUGGUAAUAACCGAUCAACAUGUGCUACAUGUAACGGGAAAUCAAGAUCUUUGUUAUUAUAAUUUUCUUUGUUCACAUCCAUUGGGUUUUCUUUCGGAUUUCAAUCAUGUUUAUUCGAAUUUUGGUUAUGUUCUACUUGGACUUUUAUUUAUUUUUUUAACAUACUGGAGAUCAAAGGGCAAUGAGGAUGAGACAAAAUGUAAAAGUUAUGGAAUUCCACAACAUUAUGGAUUAUUUUAUGCAAUGGGAAUUGCAUUAAUGAUGGAAGGUGUACUUUCUGGAAGUUAUCAUGUUUGUCCUAAUCAUAGUAAUUUUCAAUUUGAUACUAGUUUUAUGUAUAUAAUAUCAGUUCUUUGUAUGGUAAAAAUUUAUCAUAAUCGACAUCCUGAUAUAAAUGCAAGAGCGCCGAUAACUUUUGGUGUAUUGGCACUAACAAUAUUAUUGGGACUUGUUGGUGUUCUCGAUGGUUCACUAAUAUUUUGGAUUAUUUUUACAAUUAUUCAUUUAAUGGUUUGUUUGAUUCUCACUGCUCAAGUUUAUUAUAUGGGAAGAUGGAAACUCGAUGGAGGAGUUUUUCGUAGAGUUUUAAUGACAAUGAAACAUGAUGCUCGAGCAGGUGUGAGAUAUUUAGUGAAACCGGUUUAUCCUGCUCGGCUGUUAAUUCUUAUAAUGGCAAAUUUGGCUAAUAUUGGUUUAGCAAUUUUUGGUAAUAUGCAUCAUGAGAAGGAUUUUGCUACUUAUUUACUUGCAGUCCUAAUGUCGAAUCUUAUUUUAUAUACAUUUUUCUAUAUUGCCAUGAAGUUGUGUUAUAAAGAAAGGAUUCUCAUUCAACCAUUAAUUUAUAUUAUCCUCUCUUUUAUAACUUGGUCAGCUGCUCUUUAUUAUUUCAUAAACAAAACAAUAUCUUGGGCACUCACACCAGCGCAGUCGCGAAUAUAUAAUAGACCUUGUAUUCUUUUUAAUUUUUUCGAUGGACACGAUGUUUGGCAUUUUUUAUCGGCUUUAGCCAUGUUUUUCUCGUUUAUGGUCUUAUUGACUCUAGACGAUGAUCUCGUCGAUGUUCAUCGUAGUCAGAUUCCUGUUUUUUAAUACAGAAAAUUAGUGAGUUUCUGUAGAAUUUUUUUUUUUUUUUAUAUUUUCUACGCCACUGUGAUUAUAAAUUUAGUGUAUUUUUGGAUUAAUGUUCUCAUUUAAAAUCGAAUUAAUUUUUACACAAUUAAUAUUGUGAAUUUUUUUUUAAAUGAGAUCACUCCAAGAUACAAUAUAUCCAAAGUGUAUAAGAAAAAUUAAAAAAAAGUAAAUCAUUGAUAAAUAUUAUUUUACAAUGAUUUACUCUAUGGACUGAUCUUAUACAUAUAUAUAGAAAGAAUGUUGUGAUUUAAAUUUUUCGCUAAAUCUAAUUACAUCAUUCAUAUCUUUAUAAUAUUAAGUCAUUUUUAAAAAUGAUUAAUAAUAAUUAAAUAUAAAAAUUAUUUAUCAAAAUCAUUUUGUUAUUCAAAUUUUGAAAAUUUUCUCUUCUAAAGUAUUUACGAAAAAUUUUAUUGUACAUAUUAUUAGAAUAAUAGUAUCAAGUAUCUCAUCAUUUUUAUCCUUGAGAGAUAUAUUAUGAAUUAAAAAGCAAUAUUAAUAAAGAAAUUGUUAUUGUUUUUUAUUAUCGAAAACAAUGCAACUAUAGACGUAAGUUUUGUGAAUAUAAUGAAAGAGUACUAAUUGCUUUUGGUACUUAUUUAAAAGAACAAAAAUAUUUAUUGGGUUAGUCAGUUAACAAUAAGCUUUACUGUCAGUGUCGUUAUUUUUUAUAUGCAGUCUUAAUUUUUAUUUUGAAAAAAAUCAAUUUUGAAGUUGAUUUAAGUUUAUUAAAAAAAAAAAAUUGUUAAAUAAGUUCUCUUUUGUGAUAACAUAAUUCAUUUAAAAAAAAUUGUGAAUAUUAUAACAAUUGGAUGAUAAAAAUAAGGUAGAAGUAAUUGUUUAAAAUUAUACCACCUUUAAUUUAUAUGCUUAAUAAAU